AUGAGUGAUAGAUCUCUUAGACGAAGACGCCAUAAUCCAUACACGUCGACAGCAAGCAAUGCACUUUACGUGGGAUAUGUGGAAGACGAGGAAUCCAUUGGAGCAAUAAUGAAAAAGUUCGAAGAAUUGGAACGAAUUCAAGAAGAAAUUGCUGCUUCCAAGCUUACAGAAUCAUUACCAGAAUUAAAUUCUUCCGGUCAGCAAAAUAAAGAAAAUGAAGGGUUAACACAAGAGCAACUCGAAGAGGUAUUCAGAAGAACCUCAAGUUUUACGGUUAAAUCCGCCACCUUUGCGCCUAACCUUGAUGAAGUGGACGAUUUAGAUUACUGGUUGAUUGAAAUGGAAGACGGCAAUACCGCAGAGUAUGAAGAGGAGGACGAUUACAUGACUGUCGAUAAUGAUUUUUGGGAUGAAGAAUUUGGAGAAAGAAAGCGAAGGAAGGUUGAAAAAUCAGGAACGGAACGUCGGCGCAAUAUAGAUCGAGAAAGUCUCCUGCAGCGAUAUAAAGUUAUGCAGGUUAGACUACAGGACAGGAAUGGAAACUUCUUCACAGUCAAGAAGAAAGUAAGCAAUACAGAUCCAAGUCUACCUACGUAUAUUAGGAUUCCCCCUUUACCAAUGCCACGUUCUUGGGCACAUACAAUCCUCUCUUCGCCAAUAGAAACAUCUACAACUAUUCGUGGUUCACGUUAUUUUGAAAAAGAUAUCUUAUCGAUGGACCUUACCAAAUUGGGAACUAAUUUUCAAGCAGUUUAUAUCGAUCCUCCUCUUCUUUUACCAAAAGAAACUCCAUCACCGGGAAAGAUUACCUUGCAACAAUUUGGAGCACUCAAUGUUUCAAGUGUUGUUCCGAAGGGAUUUCUUUUUAUUUGGGUUGAAAAGGAAUUUUUACCAGAUAUUGUUCAAAUCGCAGAGAAAUGGAAUUUUCGAUAUGUGGAAAAUUUCUGCUGGAUAAAAAAGAAUAUCAACAAUCAGAUUUCUCGUGAAUCAUAUCGAUAUUUUAAUAAAUCGAAAUUAUCUCUCUUGAUCUUUCGAAAGGACGGUGAUAUCGAGCUGCGUCAUCAAAGAAAUCCAGAUUGUGUGUUUGAUUUUAUAAAACCCAGAUCUAAGGAUAUGCUCACAGAAGCAAAACCGAGGAUAAUUUAUGAAAUAAUAGAGACGUUGCUACCACAGGCUACAUUUAGUGAACAAAAUAAUAAAGGAGAUAGGUUGCUAGAAUUGUGGGCAAAAAAGGAAGUUCGUCGUCAAGGAUGGACAACUGUUGUACAAUCCGUCUAG